AGCAAGAGAGAGAGUGGACUGGGAGAGAGUGGGAGUUUCUAAGUGGGAACAGAGCCUUUACUGUUUCAUAUUACACAGAAAAGAGGAGAAAGAGGAGAAGAGUUAAUGGUGGGUAAGGGCUCUGGUGGGUUGUGCAGCCAGGCUCUGUUUUGAAUGUAGCUGCUUGUAUAAGUGCUGAGCAGUUGUCUGGGUUUAUGGAUUCGCUGACUGCGGAAAAUGUACUUCUCUAUAGUGGUCCUUGUCCUGACUGAGGCCCUGGUCUCAGAAGUAUGUCACACCCUGAAUGUGACAGUCACCCCCGGACCGAUUGUCCUGGUAACAGAGAAAGACAACCUGACACUGUCUUGUUUGGUUUCCCAGAGGAAGAGGAGCAGCAGCGUCCUCAUUCUUCGCUGGUUCUUCUCUCCUCUUGCUGCUCCUCCACAGCCUCUGCCUUCCCUUCCGCCCUCGCUUCCUCCCGCUCUUGAGCCCUCUCAGAAUCUAAUUGUGAAGAUCGGCAUAAGGAAAAUGAAGCUGUAUGGGAACUACACCCGUCAGUUCUCCCAGGGGAAGUUCCGCCUGUAUGAGGACAAGGAGGGAGAAGUGUACCGGCUGCGGAUACUCAGCGUGACGGGGACAGACCAGGGUUUUUACACCUGUAAAGUACAGGAGAUCCGCAAACACAGAAAUACAUGGAGAGCGUCCUCCAACGGCACCAGCACCACACAGAUCACAGUGCACUUCACCCCUGAGGACAGGACCAGUGAAAGACUCCGACUUUUAUUUGCAGAUGUGUAUCUGUGCGCGGUGCUGAUCUGCUCGCUGGGCCUGCUGUCCAUCUUCCUGUUCAGCCUCGUCUUGGCCUGUCAGUACCUCCUCAGGAGACACAGGCUCAAAGCCAGUUACCUCCUCGUCAAAUGUCCAGAAAGCAGUUCAGGAGAGACUGUAACCAGCUCCAGCAGUUCCUCCAGUUCCUCCCCGGGUACACAAAGGAAAGACACCAGACAGAAAAAUGAGAGAAGAGUAACAGUAAAACCACCAAAACUACCUGAAGAACCACCCCCUCAUAUACCAGCCAAAGUACCCGUUGCUGCAAAGAGACCUCAGAAGCCCAGAAGGUCGAAGACUCAGCCAAAGAGAUCUACAGCUCCCCGGGUCUCACAAGAAGAUAGCCUGACAUAUGCCGAGCUGGAGCUAGUCAGACCGAGACUGGAGCCCCCGGCCCCCUCCAGCCCCGACCCCGCACCCUCCAGCCCAGACACUGUGUACGCUCAGAUCCUCUUCCAGGAGAAACAGCUGUAAAUCACGACGGCGCUCCGGUACCUCCCGGCGAGGGCAGAGCCUCGGCUCAUCCAAAGCCAACCGCGCGGCGUCCAAAGGACUGUAUUUAUGAAUUACCAGUACAGCAUUUAGCAUUGUUUUUCUGGAUACGAGACUCCCACAUCUGUUGGCAAAUGAGGGCUUUGUGUUUGCUCUGUGCAGAUUCAUUCCAGCGCAGCAGUUUCUAGGUCUUGUAAUUCUGUUGUUUUGUUCACGUCAGCGGCCUGAGAGCCAGAUGUUUAUAGGACACCCUCCUUAUUCUGAACUAUUCUGUGUAAACUCAGGAGACUGUGUGGAAAGAAACUGUUGUCCAGACUCUUUCUGCUGCGUCAUACAGCACUGUAACACUCCGUUUUUUUUAAAAUGCAUUUAUAUUUACAGCACUAAUACACCAUGUUAAUAAAUAUGCCUUUGUUUGACAUUCACGGGCUGCAGUUUUUAAU